AUGAGGGUGAUCUGCUGCGCAGAUGACACCCUCGUCACUGCUCGGGGCAGGACUUAUGGAGAGGCCGCGCGGUUGAGCACCGUAGUGACAUCUCUCGUGGAAGAAAGGAUCCAUCUGUUGGGCAAGGAUCGCCCUUUUUGGGGACGUCUCCCCAUCCCAAUCAAGGCGAAAUAUCUGGGCCUUCUACUAGACGGGAGGUGGAACUUCAGGACGCAAAUUGCCCAACUCGCUCCGAAGCUGGCGGGUACUGCUGCCGCCCUAGGGCGGCUCUUGCCAAACGUAGGCGGACCAGGCUCGGUUUGCAGGCGCCUGUAUACAGGAAUAAUCCGGAGUAUGGCCCUGUACGGCGCACCGGUUUGGGUGGAAGCUCUCACCGCUCGACUUAAACCCUUCUUGCGGAGGCCGCAGAGGGUCAUAGCGGUGAGAGCGAUCCGGGGUUAUCGCACGGUGUCGUGGACGGCGGCCUCUCUUCUGGCGGGCGAUCCUCCCUGGGAACUCCAGGCGGAGGUGCUCGCGGAAGUGUACCGAUACCGAGCGGCCAUGCAGGCCAGGGGGGAAAGGCCGAGCGCCGAAGACCUGGAGAGGAUCAGGGCAGCAGGCCGCGUUGCCUUAAUCCGAAAACGGACGGAUGACCUAGAGGCCCCAGUCCCGGCUCAGUGA